UGUUUGAUCCUUUCUUCACUGCCCCCCCUCUUGUUCAAAUGUCUACGUUUUAUCUCCUGAUAAGACAGACUGAACCCAUAGCCCUUCUGCACAUGCUCAGUUUAAUGUUUUUUUUUCUUGGCAGAGUGCAUGUGAUCAGCACAGGGCCAAUCGGCACUCUCCAGACAGAGGUCAGGGGUUCUACAUCCUCCUAUAGCAGAAAUAACUCCGCCUACAAGCUUUAACCAGUGCUCAGCUGAAGUCACACGACUGCUCUAACUGCUGAGGGGAAAAGGUAUUUAGCAGUUUAUAUUUACUAA